GCGCCCGCCAUCGCCCCUUUAAGAGCGGCGCCCGCGGGCGGCAGGGAGGCGGCAGGCGGGGGCGCGCGCGGCGGGAGGAGGGGGCGCGCGCUUCCCGGAACAGCCCGCGCUGAGGGAAGAGAGGAAGAAAAUAAAACCCGUGGCUGGAGCUGAAGCUGGAGCUGCCGCCGCUGCCGCCGCCGCCGCCGCCGCCUUGACAGUCUGGAGCUCCCCCGCGCGGACGAUGCCCACGGUGCCCGCGCGGGGCUCGGGGCGGUUGGCGCUGUAUGUGUACGAGUACCUGCUGCACGUCGGUGCCCAGAAGUCAGCCCAGACCUUUCUGUCCGAGAUCCGAUGGGAGAAGAACAUUACGCUGGGGGAGCCCCCAGGCUUCCUGCAUUCCUGGUGGUGUGUGUUCUGGGACUUGUACUGUGCAGCACCUGACCGCAGAGAGGCGUGUGAGCACUCGAAUGAGGCCAAGGCCUUCCAAGACUACAGUGCUGUAGCGGCCCCCAGUCCCGUGAUGGGGAGCAUGGCCCCCAACGAUGCGAUGGCAGCAGGCCCCAUGGCCCCCAGCUUCUUCCAGGGCCCCCCUGGCUCCCAGCAACCCCCCCACAACCCCACCGCCCCCAUGAUGGGGCCUCAUGUUCAGCCCUUCAUGUCACCGCGGUUCCCAGGGGGCCCCCGGCCCACCCUGCGGAUGCCGAGUCAGCCUCCUGUGGGGCUCCCCGGCUCCCAGCCCCUCCUCCCUGGCGCCAUGGAACCCUCCCCGCGUGCUCAGGGGCAUCCUAGCCUGGGCCCGAUGCAGAGAGUGACACCUCCACGGGGCAUGGCCAACAUUGGACCCCAGAGCUAUGGAGGUGGCAUGCGGCCCCCACCCAACUCCCUCGCCGGCCCGGGCCUGCCCACCAUGAACAUGGGCCCUGGAGUGCGAGGCCCCUGGGCCAGCCCCAGUGGAAACUCGAUUCCCUAUUCCUCCUCCUCCCCCGGCAGCUACACGGGACCCCCAGGAGGAGGUGGGCCCCCUGGAACACCCAUCAUGCCCAGCCCUGGAGACUCCACCAACUCCAGCGAGAACAUGUACACCAUCAUGAACCCCACUGGGCCGGGCGCCGGCAGGGCUAAUUUCCCGCUCGGCCCUGGUCCCGAGGGCCCCAUGGCGGCCAUGAGUGCGAUGGAGCCUCACCACGUGAACGGAUCCCUGGGCUCGGGCGAUAUGGACGGGUUGCCGAAGAGCUCCCCCGGCGCCGUGGCCGGCCUGAGCAACGCCCCGGGCACCCCGCGGGACGACGGCGAGAUGGCGGCCGCCGGGACCUUCCUGCACCCGUUCCCGAGCGAAAGCGUAAGCGACUGCGUCGACUCCCCCCCCCGCGGCGGCGUCGGGCCGGAGGGGCCUGGCGGGCAGGCCCCGGCGGGGCGGCCAGGGGGCAAGAGCAAGACCGUGACCGCGGCGGGCCAGUACUCGCCCGGGAUGACCAUGAGCGUGUGAUGGGGCAGCAGCCCCUUGCCCACUGCCGGCCUCGGCUUCUGCCCAGUGCCCCUGCCUGGGACCAAGGUCCAGGGCCUGGGGCAGUCUGCUGGGUGAGGGUCUGAGGUCACACCUCGGGUGACUGUACUCCAUCCAGUUCAAGGAUUGGACAGCUGGGAGGCCCCACACAAAGGACUCUCAUUUUAUAAAAAAAAAAAAA